AUGACUGAGCAACCAGCAAGACCCCCGGCAGAAGAUGUCGAUGCCAUUCAGGGCGCCAAUGCAACCGCACAUACCGGCGUUGAUCAUAUCAACCACCCUGUCAAUGGGAAUGCCACCCACAUAGCGAAUGGUACAGCAGCUAGCAACGGCACAACGACUUUUACACCACCUGGGCCAAAUCCGGCAUUGUUCACAAACGAGAAGCGCGAGAUUUUCAUGGGAUCGUCGCCUCCUUUACAGCCAGGUCCAACAGAUUGCGUGGUUCGCAUGAGAUGCAAUGGUAUCUGCGGCUCCGAUGUUCACUUCUGGCACACAGGCCGGAUAGGCCCGCUGAUAGUAGAAAGUGACCAUUGUCUGGGCCACGAAGGAGCAGGAGAGGUUGUCUGGUCGGGAGAGAAAGUGAAGUAUUUGAAACCAGGAGAUCGUGUUGCUGUCGAGCCCGGAGUACCUUGUGGAGAGUGCUAUCAAUGCUCGUCAGGAAACUACAAUCUCUGUGCAGAUGUAGCAUUUUCGGGAGUACCGCCCUACUCAGGCUCAAUUCGUAGAUGGCAUGUCCACCCAGCGGCCUUCUUGCACAAGAUCCCCGACAGCCUGUCGUACUCGGAUGGAGCGCUUCUCGAACCACUCAGUGUUGUCUUCCAUGGUUUCGAGCGAAGUCCUGUCCGAAUCGGGGAGGGAACUGUGAUAUGUGGCGCAGGACCUAUUGGCAUGUGCGCUCUUGCAGUAGCAAAAGCUUCAGGAGCCUGCCCAAUUGUUGUCACCGAUCUUGACGCAGGACGCCUCAAGAUUGCACAAUCGUUCGCUCCUGGUUGCGUUACCUUCCAGAUCGAUCCAAAUAAGCCAGCUGAGGAGACAGCCAAGGCGGUUAUCAAAGCGCUGGAGGACGCAGGAGGUGAGCAGCCAAGAGUGGUGUAUGAGUGCACCGGCGUACAAGGGAGUGUGGUGACAGCUUGCUAUAUGCCUCGGGCAGCGGGUGAAGUUAUGGUGAUUGGUGUGGGAAAGCCGAUCAUGAACGAUCUCCCGUUCAUGCACAUGUCACUCGCAGAGGUCGAUCUCAAAUUCAUCAAUCGAUACCAUCACUCGUGGCCGUCUGCAAUCAGGCUGCUGCAACACAAAGUGAUCGAUCUCCAGCCUUUGGUGACACACAGAUACAAACUCGAGGAAGCGGACAAGGCAUUGGCAGCUUCAGCAGAUCGCAAUUCCGGCUCUGUCAAGAUUCACAUUGAAGACAAUGAUCCAUAG